AUGACUAUAAUUGACGAUGGGCGAUUUACGUUUUUUAGUGCUCCGGGAGGUGAUCUGCAGAAAGUCAUCGACGACGACAACGUGCCAUUUGAAGCCGACGUGGUCAAGUUCAUACACCACGUGGUCGAAGGCUUGGCGUACAUGCACCAGCGGAAAAUUGCUCACUUAGACAUCAAACCACAAAAUUUGGUGUUAAUGGGUGUAUUUCCAACUUGCGACGUCAAGCUUUGUGAUUUUGAAAUAUCCCGAGUGAUUCUGGAGGGUACGGAAAUCCGAGAAAUCCUUGGCACACCCGACUACGUCGCUCCAGAAAUCCUUCAUUACGAACCAAUCACGUUGGCCGCAGACAUGUGGUCGCUUGGUGUGACUACUUACGCACUGUUGACGGGGUUCAGUCCGUUUGGUGGUGACACUGACCAGGAGACGUUCUGCAACAUAUCAAAUGCUGACAUCGACUUCCCGGACGAACUUUUCGAGGACGUGUCAGGGGAGGCGGUUGACUUCAUCCGGAAGCUGUUGGUCAAAGAUCCCAGGGAGAGGCUGACAGCCAAAGAGUGUUUGAAACACCCGUGGCUGGCAAACCUCCGCAAGUCUUCGUCCGGCAGCAGCCAUUCGGUGCAGCACCACCAGCAUCUCCAACAAAACUACCACCAACAUCAACAGCCCCACCAACAACAACACCAACAACCGUCGGUCGCGAAACGUACUGGCUGCAACACGUGUGCGGGUAUUACGCCAUCGAUCAGUGCUAGACGUAGCGGUGGUGGUUUGCAACCUUCAUACCUCUCCAAGUCUCGGGAGGCACUUUUUGAGCGGAUCGUGUCCAAGCACAUGCGGGAAAGUGACAUGAAGAGGUCAUCUAUGUUGCAUGAGUCGCAGUACGCGUCCAGUCGGAUGUGCGAGAGUCAUACGUCCCUGGUAUCCCGGUCACGGAAUGGCACCCGGACGUUCAGCAAAUCCAAGGAGAAGCUGUACGGGCUCAAGAGCCUGUCCCGGUCUCAGGACGUGCUGGACAUGUGCAAGAGCAUCAAGGACCUGAGCGAAGUGGACAAAAUAGCCACUGUCGGCAGCCUGCUGAUGAGUCUCACUGGUGUCUCUACUCUGCCCAACUCAUUGUGCUCGUCCACCACCAACAUAUCCGUGUCUCAGAGCCACAUACCCGAGGGUUUGGUGUCCGAGGAUGAUAAGGAGAAUUGCAUAGUGAGAAACGGCGAUCGUGACACCGACAUGCCUGUCACAGCCUCCACUGCAGUAUUUAACCCCAUCAAUACAAACACCACCACUCCUGUCGAUACCACCCCAGCGGAAUCUAUCAACUACACCACGACCGCAACCACCACAACCACGGUUACCUCAACGCCGGACUACGCACCACGAUCCGGGUCUCCUGCCGGCAGUAGUACCAGUGGCACGAGCAGUGUAGAACACUUUUACCAUUCCGACGAAGAGCCCAGGUAA